CCUAACAAGACUGCAUAAUGGGUGGGGAGAGGGGCAGGAAGAAUUUAUAAUGCUCUAUUACCCAAAAGUGUUUUUCAUUAUUAUGGAUACAUUGUCCUUUGAAAUGAAAACUACCUGAAGUUGCACAACAGAACGCUUGGUGGCGCUGUAGACUAAGAGAAUGAAAACCUGCAGACUCCAGCCGACCAAUUUUUUUAGCAGCUCACAAAGGAAACAUUUUACACCACUGGGGACAGAUUUCAAAGAGGUGGCUACCGUUAUGUCAGUGUUAAGGUGAAUUCACUCAAGAUUACUGAACCAAGAUAGCAGCGUUAGCAGCAAAGCAAUUACUUUCAUUAAUAUUACAUCUUUUGGAGCUGGUGGAAAUAUGGAGACUCUGCUACAUAAAGCACAGCAGAAAAGGCAAGUGAUCGCCAUUAUUAUUCUAUUACUACUGUGGGAGGUGGGCAGUGCGACCAUUAAGUAUUCGGUUCUAGAAGAGAGGGACGUUGGUUCUUUUGUGGCCAACCUAGCAGAAGAUCUGGGGCUUGGUGUAGGGGAGCUGGCUGCGCGGGGCUCCAGGAUCAUUUCCAAAGGAAAUAAACAGCAUUUGCAGCUGGAGCAGAACAGUGGGCAUUUGCUUCUAAAAGAAAAAUUGGAUCGGGAAGAGUUGUGCGGUGACACGGACCCCUGUAUACUGCAUUUCCAGGUGUUACUGAAAAACCCCGUACAGUUUAUUCAAGGUGAAUUACUACUCCAAGACAUAAAUGACCAUGCCCCAGAAUUCUUGGACAAUGAAAUCCUCCUGAAAAUCUCAGAAAGCAGCCAUAUUGGGACUGCAUUUCCUUUGAAAAUAGCUCAAGAUUUAGACGUGGGCAGCAAUACAGUUCAGAACUACACAAUUAGCACCAACUCUCAUUUCCAUCUUUUCACUCGUAAUCACAAAGAUGGCAGGAAAUACCCAGAGCUGGUGCUGGACAAAGCGCUGGACAGGGAGGAGCAGCCAGAGCUCAGGUUAACCCUCACUGCACUGGACGGUGGGUCUCCACCCAGGACUGGGACUUCCCAGGUUCUCAUCUUAGUGCUAGACAUAAAUGACAACACCCCGGAAUUUGCUCAGCUGCUCUAUGAAGUGCAGGUUUCAGAAAACAGCCCUAUUGGCUCCCUUGUCACUACAGUCUCUGCUAAAGACUUAGAUGCUGGGUCCUAUGGACAGCUGUCAUACUCAUUUUUCCAAUCUUCAAAUCAAAUCAUCCAGGCUUUUGAAAUAAACCCAGACACGGGAGAAAUUCGAUUUAAAAAAGUAUUGGAUUAUGAGGACAUUCAAUCUUACCUUCUGGAAAUUGAGGCCUCAGAUGGUGGGGGCCUUUCAGGAAAAUGCACGGUAGCCAUAGAAGUAAUGGAUGUAAACGACAAUGCCCCUGAACUAACCGUGUCAUUACUCAUCAGUGAUAUUCCAGAAAACUCCCCAGACACCGUGGUCGCUAUUUUCGGAAUUUCAGAUCCUGAUUCUGGGGACAAUGGCAAAAUGAUGUGUUCCAUCCAGGAUCAUCUCCCCUUCCGUCUGAAACUUACAGCAGAAAAUUUCUACACCUUAGUAACAGAGGCGCUGGACAGAGAAAGGCAGGCCGAGUACAACAUCACGAUCACCGUCACGGACUUGGGGACCCCCAGGCUGAGGACCCAGCACCACAUCACCGUGCUGGUGUCCGACGUGAACGACAACGCCCCCGCCUUCAGCCAGAGCGCCUACACGCUGCUGGUGCGCGAGAACAACAGCCCCGCGCUGCACAUCGGCAGCGUGCGCGCCACCGACGCCGACGCGGGCUCCAACGCGCAGCUCACCUACUCGCUGCUGCCCGCCGGCCGCGCGCACCCGCCGCCCGCCGCGCUCGUGGCCGUCAACGCCGACACCGGCCAGCUGUUCGCGCUGCGCUCGCUCGACUACGAGGCGCUGCGCGCCUUCGACUUCCUGGUGGGCGCCACGGACCGCGGCUCGCCCGCGCUCAGCGGCCAGGCGCGGGUGCGCGUCGUGGUGCAGGACGCCAACGACAACGCGCCCUCCGUGCUCUACCCGCCGCCCAACGCCUCGGCGCCCUGCCCCGAGCUGGUGCCGCGCGCGGCCGACGCGGGCUACCUGGUCACCAAGGUGGUGGCGGUGGACGGCGACGCGGGCCAGAACGCCUGGCUGUCGUUCCAGCUGCUCAGGGCCACGGAGCCCGGGCUGUUCGGCGUGUGGGCGCACAACGGCGAGGUGCGCACCGCCAGGCCGCUGGGCGAGCGCGACGCGCCCAAGCACCGGCUGGUCGUGCUGGUCAAGGACAACGGCGAGCCGCCGCUGUCGGCCAGCGUCACGCUGCACGUGCUGCUGGUCGACGGCUUCUCGCAGCCCUACCUGCCGCCGCCCGACGCGCCGCCGCCCGCCGCGCAGGCCGACCGCCUCACCGCGUCCCUGGUGGUGGCGCUGGCCGCCGUGUCGUCGCUCUUCCUCCUGUGCGCGCUCGCCUUCGCGGCCGCGCGCCUGUGCGGGAGGCGCGGGGCCGGCGCGCGCGCGGGCUCGCUGGGGCCCGACGGCCCCUUCCCGGGCCGCCUGGUGGACGUGGGCGGCGCCGGGACGCUGUCCCACAGCUACCAGUAUGAGGUGUGCCUGACGGGGGAACCCAGGACUGGUGAGUUCAAAUUCCUGAAGCCAAUAUUCCCCAACCUGGAUACUGAGAGUGAAAAUAAGGAAAACCCCAAUUGCAGGAAUAGUUUUGUAUUCACUUAAAUUCUGUAUUUUUGCCAAGUGACCUUCUUAAUUUUGGUAAACUCCUUUGCAUUGUCUUUCUUUUAAGAAAUUGUACUGUUGUGAAUGUAUGUCUACUGUAAACCCAUACAUGUCUCUAAUCACACUUUCUUCCUUUUUAAUAUGUAUUACACUUAGCAUUUUUUUAGUUGUACAGGAUAUUGAGUAUUUUCUUCUUAUUUGACUUUUUCUUGGUUAGUAACCAUUCCAUAACUACAAUUUACCCAAGUAGUAUAAGAAGGAAUUUUAAAACCAACUUCUUGAUUAGUUAUUGUAUCUUUAGAAGUAUUUUAAAGCUUUUAUGUAAUCUGCAUUGCUGUAUAUUGUGGUGCUUGUCUUUACCAGAUAGCUUCAUCUCUGCAAGGCCAGAGUGAUUCUUAUAGCCAUCUAGGAUUUCUUGUUGACUUCCCGUCCAGGCUUUGCCCCUGAACGUAUUUGUUUCUCCCAAAUUAUACAUAAACAUGCUUAUGUACAUAUUGAUACAAUAUUGUGAUCUCCCAUGGUGAGUGUCAUUUAUGCUAGAGAUUGUAUUAUUUACUUGGCUAUUAUAUACCCAGAAUAGAGUAAGUACUUCAUUAAUAAUAAAAUUAAAAUUUUACAUUAUUCUCAUUUAUAAAUAAUAAUGAAAAAAGUCUUUAUUUAAUUUCAUAUUUAAUAAAACCAGGUCGUUGUUUGGUAAUAAUCCUUUUAAAAAUCUCAUAACUUUAAACCUUUAUGAAGGUUUAAAGACUCUGGAGAGUAUCAUAUACUCCCUUGUCCUUCCUUCUUCCCUAGAAAUAUAAGUUCAAGUGUAGUUUAAUGUACAUAUUUCUCUUGCUCUUCCUGUAGCCUCCCUCAUCUUUCAAAGGCAAUCAGAGAAAAUCUUAUGAAUUUUGGUUAUCCUAUCAAGUUUGAUUUUCAUAUCAAGUUUUCACUCAAAAUUAUUUUGUAAACAUGGACAGCCAUUAUCAAUAAAUAACUUAGU